GCGACGAGGGUGGGACGAAAAAAAUCGAGAAGCAGCGAGCAGUUGGUUGAAGCGACAAUGCAGUCUGCAGGGCAGCUGGGCCAGAUGGAGUCGUUCGACGUUACUGAAAGCGACUGGACGGCAUACAAGGAGAGGUUGACAUCUUUUUUGAUUGUCAACAAGGUUCCCGACAGCCACAAGGUACACGCAUUCCUCAGCAUCAUCGGACCGCGUACGUAUGGGUUGCUGAAGUCGUUGGCUACGCCGGACCUGCCAUCGGAAAAAAGUUUCGAACAACUGAAGAGCCUCUUGGAUGCACAUCUUGCCCCAAAGCCGUCCAUAAUAGGGGAGCGAGCGAAGUUUUACCGAAGAACACAGAGCGAAGGCGAGUCUCUGCCCGAAUAUGUUGCGGAACUUCGGAAGUUGGCCCAGAGUUGUCAGUUUGGAGCGAAUUUGGACGAAGCGCUGCGGGAUCGUUUCGUUUGUGGACUACUUCGAGAGGACGUGCAGCGAGUACUCUUUACCGAGGACGACAAACUGACGUUCCCGAAAGCAGUCGAGCGCGCCCUGGCAAUGGAAGCAGCCCGGAAAACUGUCGCCGAGACUAGAGUCGUGGAGUCAAUGACCACACAGCUGCACCAAAUGGAGGGAGAAGGUAAUUAUGCCCCUGCUGAUCUGUACGAGGCGCAAGCGAUUGCCGGUAGGCAGCUACAGGCUUGUUAUCGCUGCGGUUCUCAGAGCCACACGCAUUCACUAUGCCCGUACGUUAAGGAGACGUGCUAUAAGUGUGGAAAGAAAGGGCAUAUUCAAAGGGCCUGUCGCAGCAACAGGCAAUCUUUUGGCGGGCAUCAGCAGAAACGGAGUGUGAAAACGCUGAAAGUGGUGACGCAGGUGCCACCCAUGGGCGUUUCGGAACAAGUGUCUUCUUGUCGCACUCCUAUUUUUGUUGGACUAAAGAUAAAUGGAGCACUGGUGGAAAUGGAACUUGACACGGGAGCCGCGGUGUCUAUCAUGCCUUACAAGCAGUUCAAGCAGCAGGUCCCUUCAGCUAGCUGCGAACCAACCGACAUCGUCCUGCGCACCUAUACCGGAGCCCUCGUCCAACCUUGCGGCGUGGCGGUCGUCAGUGUGCAGCACGGCGAACAGACGGCGAAACUACCACUCUACCUCGUCGAUCAAGCAGGACCACCGCUGCUAGGGCGUGAAUGGCUGCACACAGUACAGCUAGACUGGAACCAGAUUUGGGGCCUCAACCACGUCUCAAGGUCAGUGUUCGACUUGUCUUCCCGAAUGAAGGAAAGGCUAGAGACGUUGCUUGCAAAAUACAAAAUGCUGUUCAAGGAUGAGCUAGGCGCUAUCACAGACGAAAGGGCCGAGCUGUUUUUCAAAGCCGACCACCGGCCGAGAUUCCUAAAAGCAAGGAAUGUGCCAUUCGCAUUGCAGUCAGCAGUAGAAGCCGAGAUAGAAAAAUUGGUUCAGCUGGGAAUACUCACACCCGUGAAUACUUCAGAAUAUGCCACUCCCGCCGUCCCUGUGAUAAAGAAAGAUGGAAGCAUACGCCUAUGUGGGGAUUAUAAGACAACGAUAAAUCCUUGA